UUAAAACAAAAAUUCUCCAUAACAAGUGUACAGAGAUAGGUUUUUUAAUAAUCAGCCUAUUUGUCCUUUGCUCGAGUUUAAAUUCAAAUAAUACUUAUAUAUAUAUAAAUGUGAUCCUGAUAUUUAUUUUCAAAGAAUCUAUCCAUCACUCUCUCUCUCUCUCAUGAGUUCUCUUAUCUCUCUUUCUUUUUUACAGUUCUUCUUUCACUAGACAUCAUAUUGUAUCUUCAGUUUCAGUGCCAUAAAUUUUGUUUCCCUCUCCUUUUUUUGCAUACGAAAAGUUUUUCUGGGUAUUUGUGAUUUGUCAUCUCUGGUUUAUUCAGUCUUUAAAUCGUAAAAACAAAACCAUCUUUGACCGUUCUUCAAAUUCGAACUGAAAGAAGAUGGGCAGAGCAGCGAGAUGGUUCAAGGGCAUUUUCGGGAUGAAAAAGAGUAAAGAGAAAGAGAGCCGUGUCUCCGGCGAGGGAGAAGAUUCCGGCAAAGGCGGAGGAGAAGCCGGUGCGUCCAACAUUCACCGGAAAGUUCUCCAGGCGGACUCCGUCUGGCUCAGAACCUACUUAGCAGAAACAGACAAAGAACAGAACAAACACGCGAUUGCGGUUGCUGCAGCCACGGCGGCGGCCGCAGACGCAGCGGUUGCAGCAGCGCAGGCUGCCGUUGCGGUGGUCAGGCUAACAAGUAAUGGAAGAGCGGGAGGGUAUUCCGGCGGUAACGUAGUUUCCGGGACCACAAUGGAGCGGUGGGCCGCCGUGAAGAUUCAAACAGUCUUCAAGGGCUAUUUGGCGAGGAAAGCCUUAAGAGCGUUGAAAGGACUAGUGAAGCUGCAAGCUUUAGUUAGAGGAUACUUAGUCCGCAAACGCGCCGCCGAAACGCUUCAUAGCAUGCAAGCUCUCAUCAGAGCACAAACCAGCGUUCGAUCUCAACGCAUGAACCGCAACAACAUGUUUCAUCCGCGACAUUCUCUUGAAAGGUUUGAUGAUUCGAGAAGCGAAAUCCAUAGCAAGAGGAUAUCAAUCUCUGUAGAGAAACAGAGCAACAACAACUACAACGCAUACGAUGAGAGCAGUCCCAAGAUUGUUGAGAUUGACACUUACAAGACGAAAUCAAGAUCGAGGAGGAUGAAUGUUGCUGUGUCCGAAUGUGGAGACGACUUCAUUUGUCAAGGCAAAGAUUUCGAAUGGAGUUUUCCGGGAGAGAAAUGCAAAUUCCCUACGGCGCAAAACACGCCAAGAUUCUCUUCAGCGGCGGCGAAUAACCAUUAUUACUACACACCGCCUUCGCCGGCGAAGAGCGUUUGCAGAGACGCUUGUUUUAGGCCAAGUUAUCCUGGUUUGUUGACACCGAGCUAUAUGGCUAAUACGCAGUCGUUUAAGGCCAAGGUGCGUUCGCAUAGUGCGCCGCGACAGCGUCCUGAUAGAAAAAGGUUGACGCUUGAUGAGAUUAUGGCGGCUAGAAGUAGCGUUAGCGGUGUGAGGAUGGCCCAACCGCAACCGCAAAUUCUGCAGCAGCAACAAGAAAAACGCUCUUCUUGCGAUCAUCAGUUUCGUCAAGAACCGGUGGAUUUUAAAUUCUAUAAUUAGAAAGAAACGUUUUUUUCGUCCUUAAGAAGAGAUCGUCACAGCUUUUGACUUUUCAUCGAGGACUUCUUUUUUCAUUUCCUUCUCUUUUACCUUUUUUUUUUCUCCCCUUUUUUUCGGGUUCUUAUUUUUGUAAAUCUUUGCUUCGGAAAAAUGUUAAAUUUGUUUCUAGUUAUCUACACACGACCUCUUCAUGUGGAAAUGAAAAAUUUAUUUUAGUUUAUGAUAAAUUAG